UCAUUUGUCAUUACGUGGCUCUACUAAUUUAGCAAAAGAAAACAAGCUUAUGGUCGGCUAAUUGUAGAAAUAUCUGUUUCUUAUCAAGAAAUUCAAGAAUUAAUAUAUUAUUAGCAAUAUGGAUAGUAAAUGGACUAAUCUAGGGCUCAUAGUAGCAGUUUUUGUCACCUUACUUAGCUCUGUAACUAGCUACACUAUCACAGUCGAUGCCCAUGCCGAAGAGUGUUUUUUCGAACAUGUUGAAGCCGAUACGAAAAUGGGUUUAACCUUUGAAAUAGCAGAGGGUGGGUUCCUCGAUAUAGAUGUGACAAUCACGGGACCGGACGGCACGGUGAUAUACCACGGCGAGCGAGAAUCCUCGGGCAUGUACACAUUCUCUGCUCAUGUGUCCGGCCGCUACACUUACUGCUUCAGCAAUAAGAUGUCUACUAUGACACCAAAGGUGGUCAUGUUCAACCUGGAAAUCGGGGAUGCCCCCCACAAGGCGGAGGGAGUCAAGGACGAGGCGGUGGACCACAACAAGCUGGAAGACAUGAUCAAGGAGCUGGCCACCACUCUCAAGACCGUCAAACAUGAGCAGGAGUACAUGCAGGUCCGCGACCGCAUCCACCGUUCCAUCAACGAGAGCACGAACUCGCGUGUGGUGCUGUGGUCGGUGUUCGAGGCGUCCGUGCUGCUUGUCAUGACCGUGGGACAGGUGUAUUACCUCAAGCGAUUCUUCGAGGUGCAGCGUGUCGUUUAACGCACCAUAUACUGCCGGGUUUUGAGUAAUUCGAUCUUACUUG